GCUGGGAGUAGGCGGGUGCUGAGUGUAGACAGGCCUCCGUCGCGGCUCACCCCGCCUCCUCCCUGCUCUCAGAGACAGAGCCACACGCCUGCUCUCGCCGUCUUCCCCAGAGCUCCCGCCGGCAAGAUGCCGCCCUCCAGCCUGGCGAUGGUGAGCGGCCAGGCGCUCCCGGCCUUCCUGCUCUGCAGCACGCUGCUGGUCAUCAAGAUGUACGCGGUGGCCGUCAUCACCGGCCAAGUACGGCUGCGGAAGAAGGCUUUUGCCAACCCCGAGGAUGCCCUGCGACACGGAGGCCUCCAGUAUUGCCGGAACGACCAGGACGUGGAACGCUGCCUCAGAGCCCACCGGAACGACAUGGAGACCAUCUACCCCUUCCUGUUCCUGGGCCUCGUCUACUCCUUCCUGGGGCCCGACCCUUUCGUGGCCCGGAUGCACUUCCUCGUCUUCUUCCUGGGCCGCAUGGUGCACACCGUGGCCUACCUGGGGAAGCUGCGGGCGCCCACCCGCUCCCUGGCCUACACCCUGGCCCAGCUCCCCUGCGCCUCCAUGGCCCUACAGAUCGUCUGGGAAGCAGCCCGCCACCUGUGACCACCAGCUGACACCUCCUUGCCGCCAGACCACUGACCAUGAGCCUCUCGGGGGACUGGGCAUUCUUUCGAGAUUGUGAUAGGCCCCGGGGCCUGGCUUCCUGGCAAACUGCUAAGCGGGGGGCCCUGGGCCCCGUGCGCCUGUGCGUGUGUGCACACGUGUGCAUGUGUGCCCCUUGGAUUCCUGGGUGAAGUGACCGAUUGGAACCAUUUAGAGCCAGUUAUCAAGACUGAUAGAAAAUACUUCCACUCAAAUGACGUUUGCAUUUAGACAUUUGCACAUAGAGCAUUAAAAUCAUCACUCCUUCGUCCCUAAGAACCGGAAGAGGGAGGAAAGAGAGUUCAGGUUCCUAAACCCAAUGACCGUCCAGGUCCAGGGCUGUAAUAAAUGCAGACUUCUCAGACCCACCCCAGAGAUUCUGGUUCGGCUGGUUUAGAGGGGGCCUGGGCAUCUGCCUUUUUUAAAAGCUCCCGGUGAGUCCCAGCAAUGGCCGGGCCUGGGAGCCACUGCCAGACCCCUCUGGAGGCAGGCCCAGGAUGCACAGGGUGUGACUGCGAUUUCUUUUUUGGUGGGAGUUUCGUGAGGGUUGGGGGUUACAUUCUGUGCCCUGUGCUCCAUGGACUCUUCUCUCCUCCGCGCAGGUGCGGGUGGGAGGGGCCCACAGUGAAGUCGGCCUUCUCUUCCCCGAGGUUUUAGUCGCUACUGAGGGCUGUAAAUCAAGGACAAUGGGCCUUGAAGGACCAACUACUAAAAGGAACUUAUGGAUCCUUCAGUAUCUGCAGGGUUUGAAAACCGCGAGUAUGCCCCCCCCCAAACGUGGGGAAUCUGUGUGUCUCUACACUCCUGUUCUAAGACGUGUGGCUUUAAUCAUUAAGUGGAGAGUCUGACCAGCUCGGCC